AUGGCUGCAGUUGGGAAUGACCGUUAUUCCCAUUUUCACUCCCCCUAUGCACAGCGAACGUACAGCAACGUCCCCUGUUUCUGGGAAACACAACCCGUAGGCUGUGUGAGGUUCAACUGUGCCUUCCAUCAUAGCAAGCCUCGUAAUAUAAAUGGACUUUUUUUGCCACCUACCAACAGUGCCCCACUGCAACAGGGUGUCCAAGGAGGGAUUCUGCAUCCAGCGCAUCGUCAAGAAUUACUCAGAACUCAAAAGAAUAUUGUACUACCAAUUCAUCCUCCAGUGAUUAUAAACAUCAACGACGAUGACGAUGAUGAAGAGGACGAUGAAGAGGAAGAGAAUUGUGUUCCUGAGUGGGUGCCUAGGACUGCUGCAGAUCUUGAAGAGGAAAGAGCAAUAAAGGAAAUAUGCUAUAAGUCUGGAGAGUAUUACGGGAUUCAGUACCCCCACAAACACCAAUCAACAAAAACUGUGUCUGCACCUCGGGAAAAUGAGCUAUUGCCCUUGGAAGCUACUGAGCAACACUUGCAGAAAGGUGAUGGUAAUGCAAUUCCUACAAAAUUGAAUAAUACAAAGAGAGAAGGACAGACUAAAGGAAGGAGAGGACCAACAGAGAGUAUUCCCAGAACAGAUUGCAGAUCCUCUGAAAACGGAGUCUUCUUCAACCUGUGCAUUAUGGACCCCAAAGCCAAACCAAGGUACCGACCAAGGGGUCAAAGGAAGGAUGAUCAAACUGCUUCUUCUUAUAUUCCUUAUGAGAGAGAAACUGGAAGAAAGACUGACUUUAAUUCUUCAGAACCUCGAAGAUCAGCACUUGCAUUGUACCCUACUGUCACCAUCACCCAAGAACCAAAGUUCAACGGGUCUACAGGUGAUGGUAAUGCAAUUCCUACAAAAUUGAAUAAUACAAAGAGAGAAGGACAGACUAAAGGAAGGAGAGGACCAACAGAGAGUAUUCCCAGAACAGAUUGCAGAUCCUCUGAAAACGGAGGAAUUCGCACUUCAGACCCCAAAGCCAAACCAAGGUACCGACCAAGGGGUCAAAGGAAGGAUGAUCAAACUGCUUCUUCUUAUAUUCCUUAUGAGAGAGAAACUGGAAGAAAGACUGACUUUAAUUCUUCAGAACCUCGAAGAUCAGCAUAUGUAGUCUACCGUACUGUCACCGCCACCCAAGAACCAAAGUUCAGUGGAUCUACAGCAGUACCUGAGCCACGUGGUUGGAAAGGCUCCAAGCAAAAGAAUCAGUUUGACACUAAUAGAAGAUUUUGGACCCAAAUGGAAAACUAUGACAAGUAUACUUCAGGAUCUUACAAUGCACCAACUCAAAGGAAAAGAAAUCCACAUGCAAAAACGUUCUCUAAGUCUAAAACAACCAUUCAGAGCCAAGAAGACAUAGACGUGAAUAGAAGAGGAGAACGGUAUAUAGACAGAAGAAAGAGAGGAAGCAAGUAA